AUGACUGCAUCAAGGAAAGGCAAAGCACCGGAACGAGGAACCGCGUCCAAGUCUUCUUCGAAACGAAGAAUCGACGAGGAGGACAGCACUCCUUCCACCACUUCCAAGAAGCAGCGAAUCUCCAUUGCCGACCUCCUCUCGUCCCAGCAGAGCAACAGUUCGAAUGAUAACCCUCGAUCUGACCGGGCCGAGGGAAACAGUGACGGAUACCAGACAAAGAUGGGAACCACCACUCCGCAGCCAGCAAAGGCCUCGUAUGCCAACAUGUAUUCAUUUGCUCCUUCUAAAUCCGCCACGAGCAGUGUCGUCGAUUUAACGUCCUCCCCCUCGUCCCCGGAAUCACAGAAGAGAAAGACAUCAUUUGCCGGGCCGAGAACACCUUUCAACCCUCACCAGGGUCCCAAGAAAUUGGUGGUGAAGAACCUGCGGACAGUUCCUCGGAUAGACCCCCAACAAUACUUUGAGCAGAUAUGGACACAGGAGGACAAGGCUCUCGGAGCGAUCUUCAGAAAUGAAAAAGAACCAUAUUCGUUGGAGGAACUCUACAAGGGUGCUGAAAACGUCUGCCGGCAGGGCAAGGCUCCAGAUCUGUAUAACAGACUGAGCAAGAAAUGCGAAUCACAUCUGACCGAUCAUGUGAGGGAUGGCAUCCGGCGAGACGAGCAGAACUCGUCAGACACAGAAAUGCUACGGGCGUUUGUCAAUGCUUGGGCAGUAUGGCAGAAGCAGUUAUUGACCGUCCGACAGAUCUUCUACUACUUGGACCAAACAUACCUGCUUCGGUCGGCUGACAAUCCAAGUAUCACACAGAUGGGUUUGAUAAAGUUCAGAUCUUGUGUGUUCCAAGACCAGCUCAUCAAAGAGAGGGUCUUGUCUGGAGUUGUCAACCUUAUCGACUCUGAUAGGAGAGGGAAUCUGAAUGAGAAGGACACUAGUCUUUUACGACAAUCCGUGGACGCGUUGCAUGAGUUGAGCAUAUAUACAAGCGAGUUUGAGCCUGUGUUUGUCUCGGCCACCGAACAGUACUUCAAGACAUUGCGCGAAACCGACUCUCACAAAGACGAUCUUUCCGACUACGUCAACAACUGUACCGAUCUCCUGGCGCGCGAGAUGGCUCGAUGCGAUUUCUUGACGUUCGAUCGAAGUACGCGAGCGCUGAUCGCAGACCUUUUUGAUGAGAUUCUGAUCGAGGAGGAGCUCGAAGUGCUCACCAACAGUGACAGCAUCCUGGAUCUUCUGGAGGACAACAAAUAUGAAGAGCUGGAACGAUUGUAUACGCUGCUACAGCGUAAGGGACAUGGAGAGAUGCUUGCUCCUACCUACAGCAAAUACGUCGAGACCGAAGGAGCCCUGAUCGUGUUCGAUGAAAAGCGAGAGUCGGAGAUGGUGAUCCGGCUUCUCGAGUUCAAGAGCAGGCUGGAUCGUUUCCUCAAAUACUCCUUUCACAACAACGAAGCCCUUGGCAACGCUUUGCAUAAAGCGUUCGAAACAUUCAUCAACAAGACCAAGAAAUCGCAGUCGAACUGGGAUACGGACAAUGCCAAACCCGGAGAGAUGAUAGCGAAGCAUGUCGAUCUCCUGCUAAAGGGCGGAGUGAAAGCAGUUCCACAACUUCAAACUCAAAAACCGGACCCAUCGAAGCCCGAGGAUGAGCACGAUUUCGACGAUGCGCCAGGAGACGAGGAUACCGAAAUCAACCAACAUCUGUCAAAUGCAUUGGACCUUUUCCGCUUCGUCCACGGCAAGGCUGUAUUUGAGGCUUUCUACAAGAAGGACCUGGCUCGUCGGCUCCUCAUGGGUCGAAGCGCAUCAUUCGACGCCGAGAGGAACAUGCUCACGCGCCUGAAGAACGAGUGUGGCGCUGCCUUCACCCACAACCUGGAGUCAAUGUUCAAAGACAUGGACCUGGCUCGCGAGGAGAUGCUCUCAUACAAGCAACUCCUAGACGACCGAGGCAUCAAGCCCACCCCGGAUCUGCACGUCAACGUCCUGUCGGCCUCUGCGUGGCCCACGUACCCGGACGUGGCCGUCAACAUCCCACCCGAGAUCGCCAAGGUCAUGGACGACUUCGAGAAGCACUACAAGUCGAAACACAGCGGGCGCAAACUCUCGUGGAAACACUCUCUCGCACACUGCCAGCUGCGGGCCAAGUUCCCCCGCGGCAACAAAGAGCUGGUCGUGUCCGGUUUCCAGGCUGUCGUGUUGCUGCUCUUCAACGACAUCCCUGCCGACAAGCACCUGUCGUACACCGAGAUCAAGGCCUCGACGGGUCUCGUCGACGCCGAGCUCCGGCGCACCCUGCAGUCCCUCGCGUGCGCCAAAUACCAGGUCCUCCGCAAACACCCGCGGGGCCGCGACGUCAACGACACCGACACCUUCACCUUCAACGCCGGCUUCACGGACGCCAAGAUGCGGAUCAAAAUCAACCAGAUCCAACUCAAGGAGACCAAGGAAGAGAACAAGGAGACUCACCAGCGCGUCGCCGCCGACCGCCACUACGAGACCCAGGCUGCCAUCGUGCGCAUCAUGAAGAGUCGCAAGAAGAUCAGCCAUAAUGAACUCAUCGUCGAGGUCAUCAAGGCUACCAUGUCCCGAGGCGUCUUGGACCAGGCCGAUAUCAAGCGCAACAUUGAGAAGUAUGUUACUCCCCCUGUAUCUUUUGGAUUGCUGCUACACUCACACUCUCCCUACUCCAUUCCCCUUUCACGGCAAUCUGUCUAA